UUGUCAGCCAAGUUUUGCUGUAAGAUUAGCUUCUCCAAUUAAGCUUUAAGCAUAAACAUAAAACUUUACUUGUGCUUCUUUAUUGGAUUUGCAUUUACAAUUUGGAAUGCAGAGCAGUGCUGGUCUUUUCUAGGGUUUGGUGGCUAUGCCCAAAGCUGACUUGAGUUCACUGUGAAGAGAAUGAUUCUCACGAAGCAGUUUCGCUGCAUACACUCAGCUAGCUGUCAAUGCACAAAAGGACAUUUAAGUGAAAAUGUCUUAUUUUUAGUGUUUCAACAUUUGAAUUGGAAUCCCAAGCUAAUUGCUGCUCUGUCAAGUGUGUGCAAAUGGUUUGAUGAUUUUGCCAAACGAGUUCUAUGGAAAGAGUUUUGUCGAACGAGAGCUCCAAAGAUGAUGCUUGAUCUGCAAUCUAGUGGAAGUCACAGUGUUGAUGGGAACUGGAGAGCCCUAGGGAAGCUGCUAUUAUACUGUUCAGGAUGCAAGAAAGGUGGCUUGUUCAAUAGCAUUCAUAUCCCUGGUCAUUUUGUGUAUCAGACUCGAUUUUCUGGAACAUCCGGAAAGAGCUUUCUUUUGCCGAAAUGUAGAACUGAUGUUUUAUAUGUGUCUGAUCCUUGCGAGCAUCUUGACCAGGGCGAGGAAGGAGAUAUAGGAUUUUUCCGUGGAGUUUUUAAGUCGUUUGCGACUUCGAAGGUCAGGAAGAUGUUGAUUAAGAAAGGUGCCAAGCUCCAUCCAAGAGAGGUUUGCCCUUACUGUAAGGCAAAGUUGUGGAGCAUGCUGCAAGCUAAGAUGAUCCCUCAAAGUGCGAGUUGCAGGUUGGGUUCCUAUGAAGAUUGUGUCGAGUAUUAUGUAUGCCUGAACGGUCACAUGCUCGGAAUCUGUACCCUGUUACCGUUAUCCGAUUCAGAAGAAGCAACUGAGUUGGAGUGAUACCUGAAUGAUUUGCUGGUAUCUUCUUGUUCUGUAAAAUUGUUAUA